CAGGCGCAGAGGGCUCUUCCGGCACCGGGCUGCCCUCGCCGCCCCCUCCUUGCCGGGGAUGCUGAGCCUCCGCUGUGGGCUGAGGCAGUUCCCAGCAGGAGCUGGUACUCGAGCUGCCGCCAGCCUACCCUUGGGCGCCGAGAUGCCCAAGAAAGCUGGCGCGACAAACAAGGGUAAAAGCCAGAGCAAGGAACAAGAGAGACCGCUUCCUCCCUUAGGUCCUGUGACAGUUGAUCCUAAAGGUUGUGUCACCAUAGCCAUCCAUGCCAAACCUGGUUCCAAGCAAAAUGCUGUGACAGAUCUGACCACUGAGGCUGUAAGUGUAGCUAUUGCAGCGCCUCCAUCCGAAGGAGAGGCGAACGCUGAGCUCUGUCGGUAUCUUUCCAAGGUCUUUGAACUCAGGAAGAGCGAUGUGGUUUUGGAUAAGGGUGGUAAAUCUCGUGAAAAAGUGGUGAAGCUUUUGGCCUCCACAACUCCGGAAGAGAUCUUGGAGAAAUUGAAAAAGCAAGUUGAAAAAAAAUAAAAGCAAGAAGUGAAAAAUACAUCCUUGAGAAACUUUUUCAUUGCUAAUGUUGAAGAGGCUGUUAAAAGGAAAGUAUAUUUAAAUAUACAGAGCAUAUAUUUAAUAAGUUGAAAAAUACAUACAUAUAUUUAAUAAGAACAGGACUCAAAAAAGAAGAAUGAAGCUUUAAAGGUACCAUACGUUGAAUUUAGGUUCUAAAAUUCCUGAAUCCAAACGGCUUGGAACAUGUUAAUCUGAUUUCAUGGUAUUACAAAGUAACAGAGCUGGGAAGGGUAUUCAAGGUGACCUGACUCAGCCCUUUUCAACUGUGAUGGGGCUUCUGAGAUCCAGAAGUUGAGAGGUUUCCGGGUCACAUGGUGCAAGAUGGCAGCUGGAACCUAGAUCCCUUGACUCCUAGUUGGAUGCAGUUUAUCCUGAUAAUGAAAUAUUUCCACAACACUUCUGGAAUUCUGGGAAUUGCCUUCUAACCCACUUUACAAGUACCAAGGAGACAACCUGCUUUGUAGUGUUGCUUUAUAUUUUAAAAUGCCUAUCUCAGUGCAAAAAUGUUUUUGUGUCUUUUUAAAACUUUACUGAGCAUGUUGUUAAAAAGUAGAUGAGAAUAAUCAAGACAUAACUUGGGAGUUCCUGUUUUGGUUCAGUGGGUUAUGUCCCCAGCUAGUAUCCAUGAGGAUAGGGUGCGAGUUUGACCCCUGGAUUUACACAGUGAGUUAAGGAUCUGGUGUUGCCAUGAGCUGUGGUGUAGGUCACAGACGCAGCUCAAUCUGGUGAGGCUGUUGGCUGUGGCUGAGGUGUAGGCCAAUAGCCGAAACUCCUAUUCAACCUGGGAACUUCCAUAUGCCACAGGUGUGGCCCUGAGGAGCAAAAAACAAAAAAAGACUUUAAUGUUAAUUUUCAUUUUUGGGAAGCCACUGAAUUUUCUUCCUCCUUUGACGGUAAAUGGAGUCAUCAUCAUAUCUGGUGGUUCUUAUGAAUCUCCAAAGAUCCUUAAAAGAAGAGAGAAGAUCUGGAAGCUAUCUUCAGUAUUUGUACAAGGCUAUCAGAAGUCUUAUCUAUACUGCAGCUUCGAAAGCUAAUAUUUUGUUUUUAAAUGUUCAGUACAAAUUAUGGCAAUUUGUUAAGGUAAAUGACAAUAAUUUGAUUACCUCUGCUAAUAGAAGAGCUGAUUUGCAGUUGGGUGCUUUGUCUAGAGUAAAAAUAUUAUUAAAUACAAAAUCCACAAAAAGGACCAAUAAUAAAAAUUAUGGAUAAUAAAGAGCACUAGGAA